UUCGGAGCAUACAUCACUGGCCUCGAUCUGAACAGCGCCUCAGAUGCCGAGAUCGAUCAACUCCGCGAGGCUAUACUGCGCCAUAAAGUUGUAAUAGUCAAAGGCCAACAAGCGGAGACGCCAGACAGAAAUUGGGAAGUCAUCAAAAAAUUAGAUCCCAUGCACCAUAUGAUCACUCAAGAGGAGUUUGGGCAACUCUUUCACCCCACUGGAGAAGGAUUGAUUGUCCGUCACAUCCAUUUGAUGGGUAAAGGAUACCAGGGGGACGACCACUACGGUUUGAAGAAACUUGAUCUCGGUGAGGCCUUCGCCGGCAACUAUUACUCCAAACCACUCGCGGAAGAGGACUUCCAAGCUGGCAUCACCCGCUUCCAAUCGUGGCAUAUGGAUGGCCCUCUUUACAAGGUUCAUCCACCUUACAUCAGCUCGCUGCGGUUCAUCAAGCUUCCUCAGGGCGAGCAGACAAUCGAAUGGGCAGACGGGUCUGGUAUGAGUCUAAAGGCCAAGCCAGGUCGUACCGGGUUCUUCAGUACUUCCCAAUUGUACGAAAUGUUAACAGAUGAGGAGAAAGUCAUGGUCGACAAUAGCUCUGUCGAAUACAUGCAUUAUCCGUACGAAUGGAUUCGGAGCUGUCGCGGGAAUCCAAACGGAUUGGGUGUUGCGGACGAAGGUCGUGAAAAAUCGCCUGAGACAAUGGAGGAAAUUGCUCGUGAGGAGCGUUGGACCAAGACGCUCACGGGGGAGAAAUCUCUCCAAGUUCAACCAAACUGUGUCCGACGCCUUCUCAUCCGCCGCUCGGUGGAUCAAAAGGAGCCGGAGGUCAUCGAGGGUGCCGAGCAUGCUCGCGCGUUCAUGCACCAGCUGCAGCAACGAAUCUUGCGGCCUGAGUAUGUGUACGUCGGUCCAGAGGAAGAAGGCGACCAUGUGUUCUGGUAUAAUUGGGGCAUGAUGCAUUCGAAGAUUGAUUAUCCUGUGUCGUUCGGGCCGCGUAUCGUACACCAAGGGUGGAUCCCAAGUCACCGAGUGCCGCAACCGCCAGCAGUUGCUGCUCACUGA